AUGACGAAUUUGACGCGGUCAUCGCCGCCUACCAGGGAGAGAAACGCAAUUUGGUACACAACAGUAAUUCUUCUUGUGAUCAUAAUCAUCCUGGCUACUGCAGGAAACCUGAUGGUUCUGGCUGUGAUGCGGAUAGAGAGAGGUCUCCGUGAACGAUAUUUCAUUGGAUGUCUGGCCGUCGCCGAUCUUUUGAUUGGAGUUUUCUUUUGUCCAUUGCAGUUGUAUGAAUAUGAAGUGGGUAUUACUUCGAUUCAUCUUUGUCGAUUUUACAUGUGGAUCAAUAUAUUUGCCGAGUCCGCGUCGAUUCAUACAUUGACGUGGAUAAGUUGUGAUCGAUACCUUAAGAUCAGUAAGCCAUUGCGGUAUAACGUAAUAAUGACAAAGAAAAAAUCAAAAAUUGUGAUCACCAUAAUUUGGAUAAUUUCAACAGCGUAUGCCACAUAUGCAAUUAUUCUGCCUCCAUUUAACAGUGUUUGUAAUCCGAUAAUUUACGCGUGUUUUGAUAAAAGAUUCAGGGAGGCGUUCAAACGUCUCUUCACACGAUUGUGUCGAUGA